GGCGGCGGCAGCGGCUGCGCGUUGCCUGGUACGUCAGCGGCAGGAUGGCUGUUGCUGCCGGAGUGGCUACAGGGGCAGCAGCAGCAGCAGCAGCCUCCGUUGGCGGCUUCGCGGCCCCGGCGGUGGCUGUGGGGCGGGAGGUGGCGUAAAAUGGCGUCGCUGCGGGAAGGGGGCAGGUAUGGAGUGUCCUGCGGUAGAGUCACGCAGGACAAUAUCACGGUGCUGCAUUUCAAGCUGACCGAGACCGCCUUUCGAGCACUGGAGAACUACCAGGGGAGCAAGAAUUUAAUUCCUUCUCGACCUUCAAUACAAUUUCAAGGGCUUCAAGGGCUUGUAAAGAUUCCCAAAACCGAUGUCCCAAAUGAAGUCCAUACCUUUGAUUUCUACCUGUCAAAUGUUGGCAAAGAUAAUCCUCAGGGAAGCUUUGAUUGUGUCCAGCAAACUGUUUCAAGUACUGGAUCAUCACAGCUCAAUUGCCUGGGAUUUAUACAGGAUAAAAUUACUAUAUGUGCAACAAAUGAUUCUUACCAAAUGACCAGAGUACGUAUGACCCAGGCAGAAGAAGAGUCUCGUAAUCGAAGUACAAAAGUCAUAAAACCGGGUGGACCAUAUGUAGGUAAAAGAGUACAAAUUCGAAAAGCACCACAAAGUAUUCCAGAUGCAGUUCCUGAAAGGAAAAGGUCUACCCCCAUCAACCCUGCAAAUACAAUACGGAAGACCCAUACAAACAACAGUAUUUCACAGCGGCCUUAUAAGGAUAGAAUAAUUCAUUUAUUGGCACUAAAGACCUACAAGAAACCAGAACUUCUUGCCCGCUUAUUAAAAGAUGGUGUUAGUCAAAAAGAUAGGAAUUCCCUUGCUGCUAUUCUUCAGCAGGUAGCUAAUCUGAAUCCAAAAGACAACUCUUACACUUUGAAAGAAUAUAUUUAUAAGGAAGUUCAAAAAGAUUGGCCUGGAUAUAAUGAAAUAGAUAGACAGUCACUGGAAUUAAUACUUUCUCGAAAACUACAUUCAUCUCAGAAUGCCACCAGCACCAGUAACCUGGGGUCUCCUUUGAGGACUGUCAAAGAGGCUGCAUCUUCUUCCCCUUCUCAGAAACGUCUUUUGGACUCUGACUUUAUUGAUCCGUUAAUGAAUAAAAAACCAAGGAUAUCUCAUCUUACCAAUAGAGUUCAACCAACAUUAAGUAGCCAUCUGCCUACUUCUGGUGAAAAAAGUGCUGAAACUUCUCAACCACCACCACCUCCUGCAGUUGCUGCAGCCCCAACUGCUCCACCAUUUGUUUCAACUUGUCUCCCUGUUUCAAAUCCUCCCCAGACUGCAAGUUCUAACUCCAAUUCCCCAAGCACUCCCGAAGGUCGGGGUACCCAAGACCUGCCAGUUGACACCUUAAGCCAGAAUGGCAAUAUUUAUGAGGACCAGCAUCAAAAAUACACUUCCAGGACUCCACUGGAAAUCCCAGCACCUUCUGAAAGUCUGUCAGUGUGCCCAAAGUCUACCAAUGAAAAACAUUCAUUGCUAUACAAAAAGUCCAAAAAGAAAUCAAAGAAGCAUAAGGAAAAGGACCAAAUAAAAGACCGUAAUACUGGGAAUGAAGACAAGAAAAUGAGAGACUGUGAAAGCCAAGAAAUAACCAAAUUGAAGAAUUCCAGUCAGAAAAUGAGUGAAGGUGUUAAAAAGACAUGCACUGCCACUACAGAUCCUUUGUCAACAAGUGAACUACCAGACUACUUUGUCAAAUACAUAGCAAUUGUCUCAUAUGAGCAACGUCAAAGUUACAAGGAUGAUUUUAAUGCAGAAUAUGAUGAGUACAGAACUUUGCAUGCGAGGAUCGAGAGUGUAACUAGGAGAUUUAUGAAACUAGAUGCACAGCGUAAACUACUCUCUCCAGGAACUAAGGAAUAUCAGAUCCUUCAUGAGGAAGUCCUACAAGAAUAUCAGAAGAUUAAACAGUCUAGUCCCAACUACCAUGAAGAAAAGUACAGAUGCGAAUAUCUUCAUAACAAGUUGGCUCAUAUCAAAAGAGUUAUAGGUGAAUUUGACCAACAACAAGCAGGGUCAUGGCACUAAGGCUCUGGA